AUGUCUGCCCCGCGUGGGGCGAUCGCAAAGUGCCAUGGCGCUGCGCAUGUGGCCGCUAGUCAGGGCAAGGUUAAAAGUCUUGAGCUGCUCCACAGCAUGGACCCGGAAAGCCUCCGCCGUUCUGCUGCAGACGGGCGCACACCGGCGCAUUGGGCUGCUUUAAGUGGGCAGGUGGCAGCGUUGGAGCUCCUAGCCUCCCUGGUACCUGACACGCUCGUCGCGGCUGCUUUAAAUGGAGCAACCCCUGCCCACGACGCAGCUUUUCAAGGCCAAAAUCACGUGCUGCUGCUUCUACACCAGAUGAACGACAGCAUCCUCGUGGCUACAUCAAAGACAGGCGCGACCCCAGCCCAUGAUGCAGCGUUUAGUGGCCACAUCGAGACGAUGAUGCUCUUGAAGGAGCUGGCGCCAGAGACCCUGUCUGCUCGCGAUGUGCACGGCAGAUGCGCAGCGCAUGAGGCUGCGGCGACGGGCCAGGACUCUCUGCUCCGGCUUCUUUACCUUCUGGUACCAGCGACUCUGCAUUCAAGGGACGAUGCAGGGUGGAUGCCUGAAGAUGUAGCAGAAGCGCAGGGCUGGGAGUCAACGGCCCAGCUUCUGAAGUCCUUGCCUCCUGCGCCAUGCUCUCCCGACCCAUCUGGCGAUGACAGUGACGAGCAGGAUGACCUGGGAGACCAGCCCGAACCGACGCCUGCUCAAGAGGACCCGCCGCAGCAGAAAGAGGUGCCGCAGGAGAGUCCGGCUGAGGAGACCUCGGCUGAACCACUGGAGGUGUCAACAAGUGCCCAGGCGGCGUCGACCAUGGUCCCAAUCCCGGUCCCAAGCGAGAGCCCUCCACCUCGCGAGAGCGUCAAGCCCAUCGAACGACACCCUCUCGCUUAUGAGAUUCUCCUGGCCGUACUUUCUGCGAGAGAUUUGCGCAACGCCGAUGGGAGCUUCUGCUUGGUCGAGAUUCCAGGCAGCAGCAAGGGCUUCAAGGGCUUCCAGACAGAGGUGGUCGAGGACAGCUCCAAUCCGGUGUGGAACAAAAGCCAGAACCUGGUCCUUUCCCCAGAGGAGGUGGUCAUCUUCACAGUGAUGGACCGUGAUGUUGGUGAUGCUGAUGACCUCCUUGGCAAAAUGUCGCUGCCAGUGGCCAAGCUCCUGCCGGAUAGUUUCGAAGGUGAGCUGCAGCUGCAGGAAACUGGGAAGGCUUCGGCCUUCUUGACGAUUCGUUCCAAGGUUUUGAGGCCGCUCUACAGUGAAGCCGACGUGGCCAAUGCGCUGAAGGCAAGCCAGAACCAAACCAAGAGACCUCCACCGCCAAAACCUCCGAAACUGCACGAGAUUGAGCUGACUGUGAAGGCGGCCAAGGGCCUGCGCAAUGCUGACUGGAGUCUUGGUAGUUCCGGAGGGUCAGAUCCCUAUGUCACGGUGAGCGUACCAGGUACCAAGACUGAAUUUCAGACCUCGGUGGUCGAGGAUUGCAGUGAUCCAGAGUGGAACUUCGUGCAGAAGCUGUCCGUUGCCCCUAAGCAGACGUUGGUGUUUAAGGUCUUUGAUCGAGAUAGGCGUGCCGACGAGCUUUUGGGCAGCGCUGUCCUCGCCGUGUCCGGCAUUCUGCCAGACGGCUUUAGCGGCUCGCUGCAGCUAGAAGACCAGGGCAAGGCAUCUGCUGCGGAACUGCUGGUCUCCGUCCGGGUGUUGCCGAGCGGCCCUGGUAAGGAUAGCGUUCCAUCCAAGGGCAAGGAGGAUGCAAAUGAUGCAAAGGCCUUGGCCUACUUAGUGGUGAUGACUGUUUUAUCUGCGAGCGGACUACGCAACGCCGACUGGAGAUUGAAAUCGUCUGGUGGCUCCGAUGCGUACUGCUUGGUCGAGGUUCCAGGCAGCAGCAAGGGCUUCAAGGGCUUCCAGACAGAGGUGGUCGAGGACAGCUCCAAUCCGGCGUGGAACAAAAGCCAGAACCUGGUCCUUUCCCCAGAGGAGGUGGUCUUGUUCACAGUGAUGGACCGUGAUGUUGGUGAUGCUGAUGACCUCCUUGGCAAAAUGUCGCUGCCAGUGGCCAAGCUCCUGCCGGAUAGUUUCGAAGGUGAGCUGCAGCUGCAGGAAACUGGGAAGGCUUCGGCCUUCUUGACGAUUCGUUCCAAGGUUUUGAGGCCGCUCUACAGUGAAGCCGACGUGGCCAAUGCGCUGAAGGCAAGCCAGAACCAAACCAAGAGACCUCCACCGCCAAAACCUCCGAAACUGCACGAGAUAGAGCUGACUGUGAAGGCGGCCAAGGGCCUGCGCAAUGCUGACUGGAGUCUUGGUAGUUCCGGAGGGUCAGAUCCCUAUGUCACGGUGAGCGUACCAGGUACCAAGACUGAAUUUCAGACCCCGGUGGUCGAGGAUUGCAGUGAUCCAGAGUGGAACUUCGUGCAGAAGCUGUCCGUUGCCCCUAAGCAGACGUUGGUGUUUAAGGUCUUUGAUCGAGAUAGGCGUGCCGACGAGCUUUUGGGCAGCGCUGUCCUCGCCGUGUCCGGCAUUCUGCCAGACGGCUUUAGCGGCUCGCUGCAGCUAGAAGACCAGGGCAAGGCAUCUGCUGCGGAACUGCUGGUCUCCGUCCGGGUGUUGCCGAGCGGCCCUGGUAAGGAUAGCGUUCCAUCCAAGGGCAAGGAGGAUGCAAAUGAUGCGAAGGCCUUGGCCUACUCAGUGGUGAUGACUGUUUUAUCUGCGAGCGGACUACGCAACGCCGACUGGAGCUUGAAAUCGUCUGGUGGCUCCGAUGCGUACUGCUUGGUCGAGGUUCCAGGCAGCAGCAAGGGCUUCAAGGGCUUCCAGACAGAGGUGGUCGAGGACAGCUCCAAUCCGGUGUGGAACAAAAGCCAGAACCUGGUCCUUUCCCCAGAGGAGGUGGUCAUCUUCACAGUGAUGGACCGUGAUGUUGGUGAUGCUGAUGACCUCCUUGGCAAAAUGUCGCUGCCAGUUGCCAAGCUUCUGCCGGAUAGUUUCGAAGGUGAGCUGCAGCUGCAGGAAACUGGGAAGGCUUCGGCCUUCUUGACGAUUCGUUCCAAGGUUUUGAGGCCGCUCUACAGUGAAGCCGACGUGGCCAAUGCGCUGAAGUCAAGCCAGAACCAAACCAAGAGACCUCCACCGCCAAAACCUCCGAAACUGCACGAGAUAGAGCUGACUGUGAAGGCGGCCAAGGGCCUGCGCAAUGCUGACUGGAGUCUUGGUAGUUCCGGAGGGUCAGAUCCCUAUGUCACGGUGAGCGUACCAGGUACCAAGACUGAAUUUCAGACCCCGGUGGUCGAGGAUUGCAGUGAUCCAGAGUGGAACUUCGUGCAGAAGCUGUCCGUUGCCCCUAAGCAGACGUUGGUGUUUAAGGUCUUUGAUCGAGAUAGGCGUGCCGACGAGCUUUUGGGCAGCGCUGUCCUCGCCGUGUCCGGCAUUCUGCCAGACGGCUUUAGCGGCUCGCUGCAGCUAGAAGACCAGGGCAAGGCAUCUGCUGCGGAACUGCUGGUCUCCGUCCGGGUGUUGCCGAGCGGCCCUGGUAAGGAUAGCGUUCCAUCCAAGGGCAAGGAGGAUGCAAAUGAUGCGAAGGCCUUGGCCUACUCAGUGGUGAUGACUGUUUUAUCUGCGAGCGGACUACGCAACGCCGACUGGAGCUUGAAAUCGUCUGGUGGCUCCGAUGCGUACUGCUUGGUCGAGGUUCCAGGCAGCAGCAAGGGCUUCAAGGGCUUCCAGACAGAGGUGGUCGAGGACAGCUCCAAUCCGGUGUGGAACAAAAGCCAGAACCUGGUCCUUUCCCCAGAGGAGGUGGUCAUCUUCACAGUGAUGGACCGUGAUGUUGGUGAUGCUGAUGACCUCCUUGGCAAAAUGUCGCUGCCAGUGGCCAAGCUCCUGCCGGAUAGUUUCGAAGGUGAGCUGCAGCUGCAGGAAACUGGGAAGGCUUCGGCCUUCUUGACGAUUCGUUCCAAGGUUUUGAGGCCGCUCUACAGUGAAGCCGACGUGGCCAAUGCGCUGAAGGCAAGCCAGAACCAAACCAAGAGACCUCCACCGCCAAAACCUCCGAAACUGCACGAGAUUGAGCUGACUGUGAAGGCGGCCAAGGGCCUGCGCAAUGCUGACUGGAGUCUUGGUAGUUCCGGAGGGUCAGAUCCCUAUGUCACGGUGAGCGUACCAGGUACCAAGACUGAAUUUCAGACCUCGGUGGUCGAGGAUUGCAGUGAUCCAGAGUGGAACUUCGUGCAGAAGCUGUCCGUUGCCCCUAAGCAGACGUUGGUGUUUAAGGUCUUUGAUCGAGAUAGGCGUGCCGACGAGCUUUUGGGCAGCGCUGUCCUAGCCGUGUCCGGCAUUCUGCCAGACGGCUUUAGCGGCUCGCUGCAGCUAGAAGACCAGGGCAAGGCAUCUGCUGCGGAACUGCUGGUCUCCGUCCGGGUGUUGCCAUCUGCUUCACAAUCUCGAGGCAUAAGCAACAGCGGGGCCAGGGUUCCUGCCACAGCCACGGCGCCUGCAGCGCCACCCGUGGAAGUGACGGUGCACUCUGCAUCAGGCCUCCGCAAUGCUGACUGGUCCUUCGGCAAGUCAGGUGGGUCUGAUGCUUUCUGCGUGGUGGAAGUACCAGGCACAAAGCAGCAGUUCCGGACCAAUGUGGUGGAGGACAGCAGCAACCCUGUUUGGAACGUGACGAAGAAACUGCAGCUGACUACUACGGCGCAACCGCUGCUGCUGUCGAUCUUUGACCGUGACGUCGCUGGGACAGAUUUGCUUGGAAAGGUGAUGAUCUCACGGGACAAGUUUCAUCCGAAUGGUUAUACGGGCAAACUGAAGCUGGACGAGAGUGGAACCUCAGAUGCUUAUGUUGUCGUCAGUAUCAAUUGGAGGACUCCCGAGAUCAGUCAGAAGGACUCCUUGGGAUGGAUGAAGCGCGAUCCCUUGGAUUGCUUUCAGCCUCUGGUGUGUGUGCGGUACAUGGAUGACUGGCCUUUGGCUUUGCUCAUUGCGCGGCAUGUCGAGCUCGGUGAUGCUGACAUUGCUGGGGAGCGGCGGCGGGUGCUCCAGGAUGACUUGCUUCCGACGGCACUGAAAGCGCAUGACCCGUGGCUCGCAUCCUUGGCUCACUGGCAUUUGAAUGACCACCACCAGGCGAUCAUGAGUGUCGCACGACCUUUCGGAAACCUGGAAGAAGGAGCUCAAGGAGAUGUGACACAACACACGUUUAGUGGUGGUGCUCUGCAACAUUCUGGCUUCUCACCAGGACUGCCACGCUUCCUGACGAUGCUGCAGGAAGCGCUCGCGAAACACAACGACACCUUCGUGUUGCCAGAGGAGAGCAUCCGGCAUGUCAGUUCGCUGGCGGCCAUGUCACGAGCGUAUCUUUGCAGGAGGCAGCCCCUGCUGGCUUUGCCUCCGCCCGACUCACGAGAGGCCCUCCCCUGGCGCACAGCUGUCGCGCUGGCCCGCGCCCUCAUCGCCCUCCACUGCAGUGGGGGACAGGCUCUGACUCGACCCGAUGGCAAAAGCACCCUGACACCCGUCGUGGAGGUCAUGCGGACAAGGCUGGGACUUGCUGGUUCGUUGAUCCCAUCUCUUCUGGAAGAGGUCUAUGACCAGGCAGCCUGCGAGGCGACCAGCAACAUGGAUCCUUGGGAGGCUUCUUGCCGUGUGGCUCAGUUCUACGCACCGCAGAUGCGGCAGAGGAUUGUAGACCUUCCCAAGGACUGGCGGGUGGUGGCGAGUGCGGGGCCGUCAGCACUUUGGCUACUUCAGUGCCUCAGAGGCACUGCAGAAGGAGGCCAAGACGGGGGCCUCUGCAAAAAGCUUCGUCGAAUGAGCUCCUCCUAUGCUCGACGGGCUUUGUCGGCCGACGAGCCCUCGUCAUGCGCCUCCUUCCUCGCAGCUAUAGCCUGGCGAAUGCUGCCGCGCCUGCGGCACUUCUCCAUGUCGAGAAGCGCGCCGCCGUUGGGCGCCAUGCACUUGGCAGCGCACAUUGUAUGCGCCAGCUGCACCACGCGCAGCCCUCCUUCAGCCUGGAUGGAGACGGCGCCCCAAGCAGCGGAGCUCACUGGCGACAUGUUUCAUGUCGUCACCACGCUGGUGCUUGUUCUGGUCCUGCUGCUGUCGCUCCGCCGCCUCACGGCGAGUUGUGGCUUAUGGCCACUUCUGCAGGACGACUUUGAUGCUCCCGCCGGGGAGGCAGAGAUGGACGAGCCAGGAGGUCAAGUGCCACCAGACUGGGAGCCGCUUCUAUGGCAGGGCUUCCGCGUCCUCCUUGAGCAGUUAAAGGGAAGCUCGCAUGAGCAGCGGCGCUUGCUGCGCAGCGGUGCGCUGCCGUCCAUGGUUGCCACCCUGUUCUUGGAGAGAAGCACACCGGAGGCAGCUGCGGCCGCGAAGGAUGUUGCCUUGGCUGCUGGUGCGCUGGGGCAGGGAACCUCGUCGCCACGCCCGGGGUCAUCUGGAUCCGAUUGCGAAGAAGGAGGCCGCGUGCUCUCCAGCGCAGACAGACCCAGUGCAGCCUUGGCGGCUCUUGCUGCAGCUGCGGAUGGAAGCCUUGGCAGCAAGCUCCGAGCUCUGCUAGGAAGUGCCGUGGGCGAGCUCACGCUGGAGAGGCUUGUGCUGCUGCUGGCGGGCAUUCGGCGUCGACCAUCAGCCAGUACCAGCUCAGGACAUUGGAUUACAAGUUGGUACGACGCCCUCUUGGCAUCCCUCCGGCGGCUUCAAGGGCGCUCCAGGCUGCAGCUUCUCCAAGCUGCAUCCGAGGUCGCAGAGUGCUUCGAGAGGUGGCCACUGGCUCUGUGCGCCGCCGAGCACGAGCUUUCCAAGACCCUCUCGGCGGCCUUUCCCGCAAGCGGUGAAGCCUUCCUGCCGCUCUGGCAGCAGCUGCACGGCACCCGCCGGCUGCAGCUUCUCUUCGCGCACCAUCCAAGGUUGCUCCUGCCGUCAUCGAAACUGCACAGGCGACAGGCAAUCCUUUGGCGAGGCAAGCCUCUUUGGAAUGCUCUCGCAAUCUCGCCAUCAGUGGGGGGUGAACUGAAGGAGUUGGUAGAAUACCCUACAGGGUCCAGUUGUAGUGUUCGUAAGGAAUUUGGUAGCCAAAAAAAGCCCCCCCACUUGUAA